CCACAGGACGUUCCACUGAAGCAAAUCGUUAAGGCCGUGAAAGCGGGACUUCCUGUCACUGAUAUGCCAAAGUACAAUUUCCCCAUCCGCAUUCUGAAAACCAGCAAGUCGGUCUGUUCAAACAACACCAGACACGACCUCGUCAUUGUGGUGAAAAGUGGAAUUCUCGGAUGGGAUGCAAGGACGGCGUUUCGUGCAUUCAUGCAACGCGAGAAAGCUCGCAGUCCGCAUCUCCAUGUCGGAGUGGUCUUCAGUCUCGGAUUGCCACGCAAACACGGUGGCCGAUUAUUCAAUCGUGAGGGCAAUAUCAUCAGUCUGCCCGGAAGCAACGUACACAAUCCGCGUUCUCCUGUCCUUGUCAGCAGCUCGCCAUAG